CUCUCCCGUGUAGCCUCCCUGGCUGUAGUGUACGUGUACAAAGUCUUGGCAGUGCCUGAGUUCGCAUAGGCCUAGCCCAAAGGCGAGUAAUCGAGUCUCUAAUUAAUUUCUUUCCUUUUCAGGCAUAUCGAGGGACUAUCUAAUAUCUAAUAUUGGAGUGCUUCCAGUUUGAGAGAUGUCUGAGCCUGAAUCAAGCAGUGACAAUGAGGGAUCAAACCUCACCUCAAGUCAGAGCCAGGGUGAGGAUGAUCAUGAGAUAUUUGCUGGACUCUCUGCUUGGUUCUCUGAAAGUGUAGAAAGUGGACGGAUAGAAGACUGGAGGAGUUACGGAGGAGAGGUGACAGAUGUGGAGACGGCCCAGUUUUUGUUCAGUGAGAACUGUGAAAGUCCAGAUACCCUCAGGAUCUAUAAAAAUGAUCAGUUCAGGAACCAGCACGUUGGGGUCAUCCAUGCUCUCUUCAUUGACGAAUGCCUCCAGAAGAAGUGGCUUGAUGCCGUUCCUAUUGGUCUUUAUUAUCUCCCACCAAAACAAGUUCAAGAGAUGCUUGAGGAGAACUGUUGUUUCAAAUGGCAAGUUGAAGAUAAGAAGAAUGGACCAAAGGAGGUCCAUCAAUUGCAAAAGCCAAAACCAAAGAAAGUCGUUCAUCAUACAAAACGAGAACCAAAGAAAGUCAUUCAUCAAUGGUAUACAAACAACAAAUCAAAUGACAUGCAAUCUGAAGGAAUGGCUGGUGCCGGGGAUGGAGACUCUGAUCGGGGAAGGAGAAAUCAGUCCGAUGCAGCUGAAUCAUGCAGACCCAGUAGCAUUCAUUGUGAACCAAGUCAGGGGCACAUCGACAUGACAACUCGGCCUUCAGCAGACCUGGAGGAUAACGUCUCUGUGCCGGAGACGUUAGCCUCUUUUUGUACUCUCCUUUAGACGGGAGAGACGACAGACAAGUGAGAGUACCGCACGUGUCAGAGUUGAGCUGGCUACUUGCGACUUGAUGUUAAGACGGCCAAAAGAUGAACAGUGGAGUGCUGUAACUAACAAUGCCAGAACUCCAGUGUGUGCUGAAUGGCUUGAUCAUCUUGUGGGUAAUCACGAUCUGUACUUGAAUAUGCCGUAACCUUAACUUGUAUUAUAGAAAUUAGUAUGUUAUGUUUUCAAUUUAUAGUAAUGCAACUUGAUAAGCAAUA